AUGUUGUACUUGGUCAAAGGCGCUGCUUAUGCACAUACGCUUUUCGAUUUUAACCGCUACAUGGAUGAGAUACGAAGUAUAAACUCCAACAUUGCUACAUAUUUGGAGAAUGCUGACGUCUCGUUAUGGGCACGAGUUCACUUUCAAGGUGACAUAUACAACAUAAAGACUAGCAACAUCGCAGAAUCUAUCAACUCUGCACUUAAGCCAGCCAAAGGAUUCCCAACCUCAUUCCUUCUAGAAUUUAUACGCGAGAAGCUAGGAAGGUGGUUCUUUAAAAGGAGAGAAGAUGCUUUGAGUUUCACAUCACAACAUAGUCGGGGAGUUGAAAACUUGUUGGCUAUUCGUGAAGAGUAUGCAUAUAUAAUAAAUGUGGAGUGUAUUGAUGGUUGGCGAUUUGUUGUGAGAGGAGGACAUCGAGAUUGUGUUGUUGACUUGGAACUUCGGAGGUGUCAAUGUGGUGUGUUUAAUAUUGAGAAGAUACCUUGUUCACAUGCCAUCUCUACACUUGUAUGCCCAUCCUAUUCAAAGAAUUAUCUUUAUGCAGCAUACGCGGAAAAUAUAUAUCUCAAAAGUGAUGUUUUGGAAGCUCCCAACACUGAUGACAUAUCACCUGCCAAUGAAGAAGGAGCUUAUAACACACGUAAAUGUCUUCCUCCAGAUGUCAAGCGUGGUCCGGGUAGGCAAAAGAAGUCGAGGUGGAAGUCUUGGCUAGAAAUUUCCAGGAUGAGGGGUAGGGCAAAAUAUCCAGAACCGAAGAACCGACCCAAAACCGACCCGAAAAUCAGGAUCCCGAACCCGAUCGGACCCGGGGUAAAUAACCGAAUGAGUCAUAAAUUGAUGUAUCCGAAGAACCGGUACCCAACCCGAUCCGAACUGAGAACCGAAUGA